AUGGGCGCGGAGGACGUGGCGGUGCCGAGGCGCAAUCCCUUCCGCACGCCGUGGCGUACGAACCUCCCGUCCUUCCACGACUGUCUCGCGUCGCUCGGCCCACGCGGGGAUCUCCGCGGACUCGGUGAGGCCCUCGCCGCCUCCAGCCCUCCCCCUCGCGGCCCGGGCCCAGACCUCUCCUUCCGCACCCUCGACGUCUCAGACCCCACCCCUCCGGGGUCACCACCGCCGCCGCUGGAACGCCCCCCGCCGAGCCGAGCCUCCUCCACAGAGGAAACGCCCACUAGAGGCGAGCCUACCACACCCACACCAAAGCAGCGACCUCCUCUCUGCCCAAAUGUUUCGCCUAUCGCACACAGUCCAUCCGUUGGGGAUGGACCCUUUUCUCUCCCCCGUACAGAACCACUGGAAGUACUGGGUGUGUCCCCUGCUGACAGGAUAUUUCCAACAAUGCUAAAGGAUGGCAGAGGUGUAGAGCGUGGGACUCAGGUGAAUCACCCUGUCUUUUCUGAGCCUCACAUAGUUCCACUUGAAGGGGUAGGGGGUACGUCUGUGUACGUUGAACCGCUUCAGCUAGAAGGGGAAGAAGAAUAUGUCGUUGAAGGUGAAUUGUGUUCUGUUAGGCGGCGCGCAGAAGUCAUUGUGCCACCACUCUGUGAACUUUCUGGCGGAAGUUGGCUCAUAGAACCAACGUAUCGCUGGGGUGAUUUUGCUUAUCACCACCCAGUCCUAUAUAGAAUUCCUGCAAAUUCAACUGGAGAUGAUGGUUUGUUUCGAGGAUUUUCUCUUUAUUAG